CACAAAGAUGGCGGCACGGCCCCUUUCCCCUCCCCAUCGCCGUGGGAGGCCUUCAUUACUUCUGGCGGGUUUCCCGUCGUCCGAACUCCGCCAAUGUCAGUUUGCGGUGACCGCCCCGCCUCCGGGCAGCUGGCGAAUCGGCCGCAUAAGUGCAGCGGCGGACGGGAUCCGGAAUUUCUACUCGAUCGCUGAACGGACGCACGGCGCCCGGUGGCUGACGGGACGGGUAUGGGAGGUGGGAGGACUCGCGGCGGGGGCUGACGGGACGGCACAACCAGACCAGGAGGAGCGGAAAUGGCUGGGCCAGGAGGAUUAGCUGCUUUCAGGGCAGCUCAGAGAGGCAUGAGUGGGGCAAUGAACUUUCCCCCUGGGCUCCUGUUCAGACAGCUCUUUGAGAAGGUUAGCUACACCUACACGUAUCUGUUAGCUGAUGCGGAGACCCGGGAGGCCAUUGUCAUUGACCCCGUGAGGGAGACUGCUGACCGUGAUGUGCGUCUGAUCCAGGACCUGGGCCUCAAGCUCCUGUACGCUGCCAAUACCCAUGUGCAUGCGGACCAUGUGACUGGGACAGGGCAGAUGAAGAAGCGGAUAGCGGGGUGUCGGUCUGUCAUUGCAGAGAGCAGUGGGGCAGCAGCAGACCUACACGUCCGUGAUGGUGACACUGUCACCUUUGGGAGAUUUGGUCUGGAGGUGCGAGCGACCCCGGGCCACACGAAUGGCUGUGUCACGUAUGUGCUGAACGAUCGGAGCAUCGCUUUCACCGGGGACGCGCUCCUCAUCCGGGGCUGUGGCAGGACAGACUUUCAGCAAGGAAGCUCGGAGUCUCUGUACCGCUCGGUGCACAGUCAGAUAUUCACCCUCCCUGAUCAGUGUCUGCUGUAUCCAGCCCAUGAUUACACAGGUCAAACCGUUACCACCGUGGGAGAGGAGAAAAGAUUCAAUCCGCGUCUCUCCAAGUUGCUGCCGGAGUUCAUCGAGAUCAUGAACAACCUGAACCUGCCCUAUCCUAAACAGAUUGACCAAGCUCUCCCAGCGAACAUGGUGUGUGGCCUUCAAGACAUUCCCACGGAGUGGCGCAGUUAAAGGUUCCAAACCAUUUGCACUGACCGCAGAUAGUUUCAUCAGAUUUCGGCACUCCUAGUUCCUGUCUGAAACACUCCCCUGCUCAAGUGCCAGGUUUUUGCUGCAGAUUUUGGACAGCAGCUUGCCCAGUAGCCCUGAGGGCGUCGCGAAUGACCGGCAGAAUGUCACAGUGGCGUGGUUAGCCUUGCCACUAACACUGGAAUCUUCCUGCGAACACAACCUAGGCAUGGGGACCUGCAGUGCUGUUAACCACAAGUCUUUGGGAAGCUACUGCCCGAUGCCUUCCCUCUCCCCUUGCAUCCUGAGCGAACGGAAAUUAAAAGGGGAGGUCUGGAAUCGGAGAGAAUUGAGGGUCACGGGAACGUUUUGGACUCCUCCUUCCCUCUUUUUGUAUCAUCUGUUUACUCUGUUUCUGACAUGUAGCCUGUCACUUUGUGCCUUUGUAGACCAAGCUCUCCCAGCGAACAUGGUUUCCCCCCCC